CCAACCCAAGCAGAGCGUAGCCUACUGAGGCGUCAGACGGCCGCCAGAGCAUUCCGGUUACGCACCGUUCAGAGGGCCCAUCGACGGUUCGCAGCGCCACAAGCAGCUGAAGAAGAAGUCACCAUACCUGGGCACACGGCCACGUUUAUAGUCAGUAAUGGAGAGCCUGCUGGAUAAUCCCAUGAAAGCCGUUCUUUACCUGAAGGAGCUCACCACUAUCGUGCAGAACCAGCAGAGCCUGAUCCAGACGCAGCGCCAACGCAUCGACGAACUCGAGCGAAAGGUGGAGGACCUGAUAGGAGAGAACCGAAAUUUGAGGGACCCCCACCACUACGUCCAGCAGCCCCCUCAACAUCACCACCAUCACCACCACCCGACUCACCGCAGCGCCAGUCCCCAGGCACCGGCCAACCUCCAUCUGCACCCGGUGAGCAACAAGGCUGCGGCUCACCUCGGCCAGCAGGCGCAGCAGCAACAGCCGCCGCCGCUGCUGCAGCAUCAGCAGCAGCAGCAGCAGCAGCAGCAGCAGCAGCAGCAGCAGCAGCAGCAGCAGCAGCAGAUCCCCGGUCUACCGGCCCAGCCUCAGCAGCAUCCCAUCCCUCCCGCGCCGACUGCCCACCACCCCCAGCAGCUCCAGCUCGUCCCCACCUUACCACAGUCGCCCAAAACGAGCCAAGCCAGCCCGGACUCCGUGGAGGAGGACAAGAGGAGCCCCUGCUGUAAGUCCCUGGUUCCGCAGACUCCCACCACUCUCUGCCGCUCCGUCGGGCUGGCGAGGAAAACGGACAACCAAACAGUGCUUCACCAGUUCUGCUGCCCCGCCCCCGAGGCCCAUGAGGGGGAGACCUCUACUGCCUGUGUCCCCAGCGAUGACCUUCCUCCAGAACCGUCUAUCGGGGAGGAAGGGAAGGGAGGAGAGGGGGAGCUGCAGAGUGAGGUCGAGGCACAACCACAGCCUGAGCAACCGCUGCAAGAACCUCAGCCACAGACGCAACGAGUGCCCCGGACAAGUCGCAAGGAGGUGAAGCCCGAGUCAGAGCCCGAGGGCCAUGCCGACCGCCGGAGCCCGAGCCCAAGCUCAAGACCGACAUCCACAAACCAAAGCCCGACACCGCGAGCCCGACUCCGAGUCCAACCUGAGCUGAUGCCCCGAGACCCCCUUCCAACUCUGUCAACGAGACCCCUACCAACUCAGACACCCCCACCCCGAACUCAGACGACCAGACCACCCACAGCAGCAGACACCCGNACCGAUGACCUUCCUCCAGAACCGUCUAUCGGCGAGGAAGGGCAAGGAGGAGAGGGGGAGCUGCAGACCACAGACGCAAACCCCCCACAGCCACAGACGCAACCCCUCCCACAGCCACAGACUCAACCCCCCCCACCCCCACAGACUCAACCAUCCCCAGAGCAACUGUCUCAACCUCCCCCAGAGCCCCAGUGUGAGUCCCAACCUGAGCCUCAGCCCGAACCACAGCCCGAAACCAAACCUCAGCCAGAACUCGAACCCGAGCCCGAGCCCCAGCCUGUACCGGAGCCCGAGACUGAGCCCGAAGUGGAGGAAGCUGAACAGGACCCCCCUGAAGCCCCUUCACCUCUUGGAGAGGAGCAGACAGUGGUGGAGCAAGAGAAGGAGGAAGAAGAAGUCGAGGAGGCAGAGAGAAAGCAAGAUGGAGAGGAGGCGCAGCCCGAGUGGCGUGAGGGCGAGGCAGCACAGGAGGCAGAGGAGGAGGAGGAAGGGGGAGGAGCUAAAGGAGGGGGGGCGGGCAGGAGGGCCAGCCUGCACCACACGGCCUCGCCCCUGAGGGUGCAGCGCAACGGGGCCGGCUCGCACUCCGCCACCUCCGACUAUGAGCUCUCGCUUGACCUCAAAAACAAGCAGGGGCUUGGAAAUCAUUACAUAAUCAUCUCCAUUUCAAGAACCAUCAAACCAUCGCCAUCUGUUUUCAUGAUCAUCCAUCUACCCUACAUUCUUCAGUCCAUGGAUCUCCAGCCAGUCCUGGGAGAAAAAGUGGAAAUGCUGCAGUGGACAGUGAACAUGGAGUGA